AGGUCCAGUGCCUCUACUCCAGUCCAGGUCCAGGUCCUCUACUCCAGUCCAGGUCCAGUGCCUCCAUUGAUCCAGCGUUCCGGGCUUUGGUUGCAUUGUACCCGAACAGCCAUUUCUCCCACGGCGCUGUUGGUCUGUCUGUAGCCGUCUGUGCGUCUGUUGACGGGGGGAAGAAGCCCCUGGGAAUACCCGCAUCCAGCCAUGGCCGACCCGGGACUGCUUUUAAUCUGGACCAGGCCCCUGAAGUGACUCCCGACAUGUCAGGGCUCCCCGCUGCGGGAUGUGACCGUGUGACGGGCCAGUGAACUGGGAGCACGUUGGCCGCUUCGAUCCUCCGGUUUCUCGGGAGCUUGUUUAUAAAACUGUUGUUCGGGUUUUUCUGAACCGGGAUUACCGGGGGACCCCUAUGGAGUGCACGUGAGCGCCGUCCGGAGCGGAAUCUCUAACCACCGGGAGGAGGCAAUGUGGGGAGCUGGGCGGUGGCGUGUGUCCGGGCCCUGAGGAGGCGCCCUCCUCUGGCCCUCCUCUGGCCCUCCUCUGGCUCCGGGACGCUCCCACUAAGAUGUCCCUCAGCAGCGGCCCUGCAGGUGGGAAAGGUGUGGACUCCAACGCGGUGGACGCGUACGACAGCGGCGACGAGUGGGAUAUCGGCGUAGGCAACCUGAUCAUCGACCUGGACGCCGACCUGGAGAAGGACAAGCUGGAGAUGUCGAGCGGUAAGGAGGGGGGCGGGGGCAUGGCCGCCCCCGGCACCGUGGCCUCGCUACCGGACAAUAUCAAGUUCGUGAGCCCUGCAGGAGUCGCGCAGGGCAAAGAGAGCAAAUCCAAAUCCAAACGUAGUAAGAACUCAAAGGAGGGCGCUAAGGCCCCGGUCUCGGACGCAGCCAAGAAAGAGGUUCGGGGUCGGCCCCCCGGGGACCCACUGACCCAGAACCCCAACUCUACUACACCCCCAAGGGGGGCCGACAAGUCUGGUAAGCUCUCCCGCGCCCUCCCUGCUGUGAAAAAGGACAAAGACGGGGUUUCUGGGAAAAUUAAGAAGGAAAAAAUGGAGGUCACAGCCUCGGGAGGGCUCGGUGGCGAGAAGGACGGCGUGGCCCCCCUCGGGCCGGCGGGGGCAGCGCACACCGGCGGCCCCUUCGAGGGCCAACAGAACCCUGAGUCGAUCGCGGUGGAGCAGCUCGGCAACUUGGCGCUGGACCCGCCGGGGGAAGGCGAGCCUGAAGAGCUGGAGGAGGGGGAGGCGGUCAGUGUGAAGAUGGAGUCUCCUGUCUCCACUCCUGCUCCUCCUGCUCCUCCUCUCCACCUCCUCGCUCCCCUCCCCACCAGCAACAUCUCGUCUCCCUGCGAGCAGAUCAUGGUCCGCACGCGCUCGGUGGCGGUGAACACGGUGGACGCGGCACUGGGGACGGAGCCGGAGUGCCUAGGACCCUGUGAGCCAGGCACCAGCGUCAACCUGGAGGGCAUCGUGUGGCAGGAGACGGAGGACGGCAUGCUGGUUGUUAACGUCACCUGGAGGAACAAGACCUACGUGGGAACCCUACUGGACUGCACCCGGCACGACUGGGCCCCUCCCAGGUUCUGCGAGUCUCCCACCAGCGACGUGGAGAUGCGGACCGGCCGCGGUCGGGGGAAGAGGAUGCGUCCCGGCGGCAACACGCCGCUCAACGACAACAGCAACUCCUCGGACAACAGAGGCAGCGGCGGCGGCAAGACGCGCGGCGCCGCCGCCAACAGCAAAGGACGGAGAGGAAGCCAGACGGCCGGCGCUGCCGAGGACGCCAAGGCCAGCCCGUCCUCCGCCAAGAGGAAGACCAAGCCCGCCUCCGACAUGGAGCCCACCUCCAGCUCGGAGGACACCAAGGCCUCCAAGCGGAUGAGAACCAACUACACCGGCGGCGCGCUGCCCCUCCCCGGAGGUAAUUGUGACCGCCUGCCCCCCCCGCCGCUGGACCGGACCUCCCCCGUGCUCAUCGACUGCCCCCACCCCAACUGCAACAAGAAGUACAAGCACAUCAACGGCCUCAAGUACCACCAGGCGAGAGCGCACAACGACCACGACAUCCGAUUCGACCAGGACGGCGACAGCGAGUACGGGGACGACCCCACCCUCCAGCCUGACCCCGCCUCCUGCAAUGGCGCCUCCAUCUCCCCCGCCCGCUCCACCACACCGAAGGGACGGGGGUUCGACGCCCCGUCCCCUUCGCCGGGGAAGCCGACGUCCAAGGGAAGGAAGAAGGCGGGCGAGGUGGAAGGGGCGGAGCCCGAGGGGACGGACGGAGGCGAGGAGGCGGGGUGUUUGUCGGACGAGGCCAGCAACGACGGAAUGGACGACAGGAAGUCGAAAAAGAUGGCAGCCGGGGCCAAAGCUGAUAAACUUCCCCAGAAAGGCCUGAAGCAGGGGCGCCCCCCCGCCCCCAACACCCCCUCACCCUAUGGCAUGCAGGCGUCCUCCCCCGCGCUGGCCUCAGUGGUACAGCCCGUCCCCAAGAGCCCUCAGCUGAAGAGCAUCCAGUCCAAACCGCCUCCUCUGGCGGACCCCGCCUCCAGCCCCACCCCCACCAAGGACAAAAAGAAGAAGGACAAGAAGAAGAGGGAGGGAGGGAAGGAGGGGGACAGCCCGAAGGGGAAAGGGGGGAGGCCGGAGGAGGGGAAGAGCCCGUACUCUGACUCGUCCGAUGCUUUGCUCAACGGCUCCACGGAAGCCCAACAGAGCCGGCUGGCCAGCAUCAAGGCCGAGGCCGACAAGGUGUACAGCUUCUCGGACAACGCGCCCAGCCCAUCCAUCGGCGUGGGCAGCAGGAUGGAGGCCGGGCCCCACCUCAACGGGGCCGACCAAACCGGCAGCCCCGCCUACUCCGACAUCUCCGACGCCGGGGAGGACGGGGAGGGGAAGGCGGAGGGGGUGAAGGUCAAAACCGAACCCGACCAGGGGCCUCGGGAGGGGGCCAAGAAGGCCCUGUUCCCCCCUCAGGCUCCCAGCAAGGAAUCGCCAUACUACCCCAACUACGACUCCUACUACUCCCCCAGCUACCCCAACCCCAGCCCGGGUACGGCGCCGGCAGCGCCGCCUCACGUGGAAGGAGCUCAGGUGAAGGUGAAGAAGGAGAAGGAGGAGGAGCCAGAGGUUGAGGAGGAAGUGAAGCUGAAGGUGGAGCCUCAGGAGGAGAGGAAUGUGGAGCCGGGGCCCCAGCAGCUGUCGGUCAUCCAGCAGCGCUCCAACAUGUACGCCCAGCCUUUGUACUACAACCAGUACUACGUGCCCCCCUACUCCUACUCCCCGGACCAGGCCUACCACGCCCACCUGCUGGCCUCCAACCCCGCCUACCGCCAGCAGUACGAGGACCGGCAGCGGCCGGUCGACAAGAAGGCCGAGGGCAAAGAGCGGGAGGCCUGUGUGAAGGAGGAGUGGAAGCAGAAAGCCUCGGGGCCCCCCACACUGUCCAGAGCCCCCAGCCUUGCCGACCUAGGCGCCAAGGGGGGGCCCAACCCCAGCAAGCCCAAAGAGCCCCCGCCGGCUGCGGAGCAGUCCAAGUCGGUCAUCAUGGCGAAGGUGGAGGACCAGAAGGCGCCCGCGGCGCAGUGCGAGGGUCUGAAGAUGAAGCUGAGCGAAGCAGGGCAUCAUGGGAAAGAGGAGGCCAAGUCGGCAGGUGUGGAGCCCGCCAUGUGGUACAGACAGGAGCCGGACUCGCGCUUGUGGCCGUACGUCUACCCCAACAAAUACUCCGAAGCCCCUAAACCUCAGGAGGAGGACCACCGGUGGAAGGAAGACCGGGAGAGGGAGCGCGACCGGAAGGGGAAAGAGGAGAGGCCGCGGCCGAAGGAGGGUCUCCAGAAGGAGGAGGCCAAGGAGGGGGCGGAGGGCAGGACUCAGCUGCCUCCGGAGGAGCACCGGGGGGGAGGGAAAGAGGCGCGCCCCCCCCCACACAUGCAGUUCUCCUCCCCGCUGGCCCAGCACCACCAGGGCUACAUGCCCUACAUGCACGGGCCGUACGCCUACAGCCACGGCUACGAGCCCAGCCACCCAGGCUACCGGGGCAUGCCCUCCGUCAUGAUGCAGAACUACCCUGGCUCCUACCUGCCGGCCGGUUACUCCUUCCCCUCGUACGGGGCCAAGGUGUCGGGGGGGGAGGAGGUGGAGAAGCCCUCCAGGUCCAGUCCCACGGUGAAGCCGCCCGGCGAGGCCAAAGCUCUGGAGCUGCUGCAGCAGCACGCCAGCCAGUACAAGAGCAAGUCCCCGUCGGUCCAGGACAACAAGACCCCCCACGACCGGGACCGGGAGGGAGACCGGCCCCGGACCUCGCCCUCCCAACGCAUGUUGCCUUCCCAUCACCACCUGGGCUACCCGCUGCUGUCGGGACAGUACGACCUGUCCUACGCCUCAGGCCUCUCCUCCUCAGCCAUGGUUGCCAGUCAACAGGCCUCCGCCCCGUCCAUGUACCCCCCCGCACGGAGGUGAGAACGGCACACGUGAUUGGCCGACCUCCAUCCUGCCCAGAGUCAUGUGACCGGAUCACAUGAGGAAGCGUUUCUGUUUCGACAUCAGUUCAAUGGUGUUUGUGUACGUUUGAUUUCUCUGCCUGGACGUCCAGCCGGCUGCUCCGCCCCCACCCGCUCUGCCGGACUGCUGGGUUGAAUUCUGCUGGUCCUGCUGUUUCCACUGGUUCUGCUAGUUCUGCUGGUUCUGCUGGUACCACUGGUUCUACUGGUCGCAGACGGUUCCAUGGUGCUCGGGUGGGCGGGCAGCGGAGGUCUGGGCUCGGGGACAAAGAGGACCUGGUGGGUGGAGACGCGUUGAGGUGCUGCCGGUGGUUCAGAGGAGCAGCUGUUGUUGUGGAGGCGGGUCGAGAGGGGAGGAGGGGCGGAGCAGUCACUUCCUGUCAGUCGCCACACAGUUACUUAUUUUCUCCUCACAUUUCUGCGACCCCUCUCCCUCCCAGCCGUGACCUUUGACCUCUGUGAACUCCACCGGACGCCGUCACACCUUCAGCUGGAAGCUUCUCAGCUUCACAGAAGAAGAAGAAAAAAAUACUGUGGACAGAGGAGGACGGACCAAUCAGAGGGCAUCCUCAGACUCCUGCUCCUCCUCAGUGUGUAGCCGUACUGUACUCUGUGUGUGUGUGUGUGUGUGUGUGUGUGUGUAAAUACUGUACAGAGGAAUUAUUUUAAAGAGCCUGUUGGAUGCUGUUGGAUUUCCUACUCUUCUUUUUGUCUGGUAGCCUCUGCCUCUGUUUUUCUACUGUUGUUGAUCUGAUAUUAAACCUGUAGCUGGUGGAACGGC